GAGCAUCCGCACAAUCCUGGCUCGGAGAGAGGAUUUAGUAGUGUCGUGACUUUCAAUCGUUGCACUGUAUGAGAAUUGCUGGAAGGUUGUUCCGUUCCGAACGAGAAUUUGCCAGGAAAAUUUGACCGUGUUAUGUGUGGUUUCGCGUGUGCAUCCGUGUCGAACAUGAGUCACCCAUCAAUGCUUCCUGGUGACAAAUAAUGAAAAAAUAAAUAAGGGGGUUUUGACAAUGAUGGACUGUCCAGUCCCAUUCGGCAGAUUUAAAGUAAAGUAUUUAUUAAUAGUUCUGUUACUGUGACAAACCUACGUGUGAAACUAGUGCACGGGGAGAGUGGCACCAGCCAUUGGAGAGAAAGAGAGAGGCAGUCAACAGUGUACGGAUGUGAGCGAGUGCGAGAGAGUGAGGUGGAUUCCGGAAACAAAAAGAUCGCCUUCGUGUCCUUCCUGUGUACGAACGCGCUAGUUUGAACGUGCGGGACAAAUCGAAGUGAAGAAGGAAAAUCAAUAAAUUUCAUUCAAGGUUAUUCACAUCGGUUACCAUCAGAAAAAAUGAUUUUCGGCAGCGGGAAGCGACAAUAACAACCAGCAAUGCAAGGAUAUGGGCUUGGACAUCUCUUGCUUCGAAAGUAGGGCAAAAGGAGUACAGCGGAUAAAUCUAAGAUAAAAGCACUGUCAGCGUUGUUCGACAAGCAGAAGCAUAUACGGUAGGACUUGUUUUCAGUCCAGCAGAAAUUCACAUUUGCGACAGGUCCAAAGAACGUGAAAACGUGACAACGAUUUUCUUACAUGCGCUUUUUCCCUCCCUACUCGGACGGAAGUUGGGCAACAGAAUUGCUACUGGCGAGUGUUUUCGUGCGAACAGUGCCAAACCGGAAAGCAGGUCAAAUUCAAAUUUUCUUGGCACGGGCUCCGGGCACCGCAGGCUGCGUAUCACCUCUGGCGGAACGGUGGCAACAUCAGCAGCAGCAGCAGCAACAGCCAGCCAGCCAGCGCACCGUAGACUGAUAGCGGCGGCCGUGCGGUUGACCUGCGGCUAGAAAGCAGACUACCGAAAGUUACGCCAAUUGGGCACCCUGUUCGGAAACGAUGAACGACCCUCAUGUCACUCGGGUUUCCCUCGUCGCGGUGGACAAACAAAGUGAAAGUGGUGCGGUUCGCGUGUGAGUGAUUUGUUGCUGUUGAAGAAUUUUUCCCCAGUGAAAUCGAAUGCAUAUCAUGCUACAAUGAAAAUCACAAUUCAAGCAAAAAUCUUUAACCUAGUAGGAUACAUCCUGUGUUUGCUGGUGGCUUGUUUCAGCGAGCUAGCCUUGGCAUCCCACUGGGAGCACGUAGUGGAUUUCGAUCCCAACUAUCGACUGCUGUGGACUUCAAACAAUCAGGACAUAACGUUCGAGAUUCAGGCCAAAACGCUUGGCUAUGUGGGGUUGGGUUUUUCACACGAUGGCACAUUAGCCGAUUCGGAUAUUGCGAUCGGGUGGAUCGACCAGGGACAUGUGCAUUUCCAGGAUCGUCACAUACGAGCCGGCAGCGAUGGGGACCCCAUCGUCGAUAAAUCCCAGGAUUAUUCCGUAUUAUUGGGAUAUGAAAAUGUUACCCAUACAGUGAUAAGAUUUAAGCGUAACCUAGAGACCUGUGAUAAUAAGGAUGAUUUUCCUAUAACGAACGACACAAUGCGCGUGAUAUUUUUGUACUCGAAGGAUAAACCGACGAAAGGAUCAACACUACCAGGAUCUCUGCCCGCUCCGCUAGAAUCUUUUAAGGGGUCCCGCUCGGUGUUCCUGACACAGCGCACCAGCCAGCACCCGUUGCCGAACCCGGCCAGUAUCAACAUCCUGGAGCUGAGGAACGAAGAUGUCGAGCUGCCAGAAAGUGACGAAAGCUUGUACUGGUGCAAGAUUUUCAAACUGGACGAUUUCCUCCAGAAGCAUCAUCUUGUUCGGUAUGAACCCGUGUUCGACUCGUCCACCAGUGUGCUGUUCUUGAAUCAUAUGAUCCUGUACGAGUGCCAAGGCUUAUCAAAGGAGCUGGAGAUGCUGUCCCGAGAGCGAGGCCAACCGUGCUUCCGGCUUCAACCGAUGCACUGCAACACCGUCGUAGCGAACUGGGCCCGCGGAUCGGAUGGUUUUAGCUUCCCACAGGAAACAGGCUAUCCGCUAGACUCCCAUCAAGCUACUUUUUACAUGCUGGAAACGCACUACAACAAUCCGGACUAUUCGUACGACUUUUCGUCAUUUUAUCGAAAGAAUUUGAGCAAGCAGCAGCGCAACAUGAAUAUUGACGUCGACGACGAUGAAGAUGAUGACGACGAUGAUGGCACUGAUGUCGAUGCUAACGAGGAUACCGGCCGUGAUGAGUACGAGCCCGGAAGUGACUCUGAUGUAGUAGGAGGAGGACUGGAUAGUGAUGGCGGUGCGGCAGCCGUUGAGCAGCAAGUGGUUGAUAAUUCCGGUCUCAAGCUGUACUACACGCAAACGUUGAGAAAUUUUGACGCCGGCGUUUUGUCGGUCGGGCUGGAUCCGAACUGGCGGCACAUAAUCCCGCCGGGACAGGAGAAGGUAGUUUCCGAGGGACACUGCAUCGGAUCCUGUACCGAGAAAGGUCUACCAAGGGAAGGAAUUAAUAUUUUCGCCGUGAUGACGCGCACUCAUCUGAUCGGGCGCCAGGUGAAGCUACGACAGAUUCGUGGGAGCGAGGAGCAUCAGCCAAUUGUGCAUGACACUAACAUCGAUCCGAGCUAUCAGGACUACCGGCGGCUACCGGCACCUGUGAAAGUUCUUCCCGGUGACAGCCUCAUCGCCGAAUGUAUCUAUGACAGCUCUUCGCGAAAAUCCAUCACAUUGGGUGGCAUGACGACACGGGAGGAAAUCUGUCUUGUCCUUACGCUAUAUUACCCGAGACAGAAGGAACUGACAUCCUGUCACUCACUGCCGAGCUUACCAACGGUGCUCCACUCGUUGGGAAUCCAGGAGCUUGCCUCCGGAACGAACCCAGUUGUAAUCGCCUCGCCACCCGAACUGGCCGGUAUGACGCUGGAAAAGCGGCUCACCUCGUACGACUGGGCCAACCAAUUCGAAAGCUUUCAGUACGUGACCCGGAGAGGUUCGUUCAAACCUCUGUGCUGGACACCAAAUAACAGCAUGCUGCCGGGCAUCGAGCUGGAAUCGCACGGCAGUAACAUAACACGCUAUUGGAAACCGGCCAACAAAUGCCGCAAUAUCCAGACCAAUAUGGUUACCGAGCCGAUGCAGGAUGGCGACGGCAGUCAGCCGAACAUGAUCGACAUGCCGGCGAUGGACGAUCACGAAUCGACCAACAUGAUCGACACCGAUCUGAGGGCCAAAGUGGCUCGGCCAAACAGUAACGCCAGCAACCAGGGUGGCGGUCGACCAACAUCCACCGGAGGACACAGUAACGGCAUCCGCGGUGGUCCUAGGUACGAGUCCGUGCUUGCUACCUUGAUACUCGUGGCCACUAGCCGCGUCGUUAUCGGACUAAUUUAAUUAAAACGUCGGCAAACCUCUUCCGGUUGUACACUGCCCAAUCUUCCCGAGCUUGGAUUGGAUUGCUAUAACCGGAAGCCUCGUCCAAGCGAACUGGUCCAAAAUGGGAAAAAUAAUUAAAUCUACAAGUUGUAGGGGAAUGGUAUUCGAAAAUCACUCGUCGAUAGACUCGACAUGCCAAUCGCAAAAUAUUUAGGGAAAAAAAAAACAAGCAUAGACGAUCCAAGAGCAAUAAAUCAAAUCGUUACCAAGUUUAAACAGCUAAGUAAUUUCUCUUAAAUACAACUGCAUACAGCAACGUUUUCCGCUUCAGUUCCAUUUUGGAAUACCGCAUCCACGUAUGAAGAAUGUGGCCACCAAGCUAUCUACAAUGUACCGUAUGAAGGAUGCACUUGUGGAAACGAAUCGAAUCGAUGAAAAAAGAUAAGCCGCUAGUGCUCCUGUUCCGACUGCAUUUAGCAUCCCCAAUGGGAAAUCAGAAAGCAAUUAAAAAAAUAAACCGAAAAAUGAAAAAGAACAUUUCCUAUCUACGAGUAAAUCGUUAUCUCGAAAGCGCAAAUUAAUUUGUUGUAGAAACGUGACGAGUAACAAAAAAGAACCCUUGCUACUGGAGUUUUCACAUUGUACUGUACAUACCCAACAAAAAAAAAUAAAACUGACGAAUGAAGGCAAAGGGAGCUAUGCCGAUUGAAAUAAUAGAUUUGUGUAGUCUCUGCAGCGCUUUCCGCAAUGCCCGUUACCAAAGAGUUGUAGUAUUAAGAAACGAUAGCACUUGUAUCAUAGUGUAAAUAACAUUCUGAGAAAAGCAAACAUUCCAGAUACCAAGCUCUUGGCAGAGCAGCAGCAACAGCAAUCGUGUAUCAAGCAACAACAACUACAAAAAAAAACUAGAUAAACCAAAUCACAGAGAAAAUAGAUAUUCAAUAGAUAAAUCAAUUUACCGACACUAUUAAUUCCACCAAGCGAAACUUGAAUCUACAGCAGAACCAACCAAUUAGAAAAGAAAAAAUAUUGAUCGAAAUAUCCAUGACAACACAAGCCUACGAAAACUACUCUAACUAAUACUGUUAGGAUGAUUGAGACGAUUGUAAUAGCCACUUAAUCAAUAUAGUACUACUCGCAAUAAAACCUGAUUUGUGUAAAAAUUUAUCUAUCUAAUAAACCUAUUUAAUAAAAUAA